AGUCCACACAUUCACUAACUUGAAGCACUCACUCAAUUUCAGCACACUUACCAUUUCAUCACACAAGAAACAAGAGCAGCUACUACAUACAUACAACUUACUCACACCGCAAAGGAAUGAACUCAAUUUACACUGAGCAGUACUCUCCAGGUUCAUCAUCAUCAGAAGCAAGUUCCUCUAACUGUCACGAGCUAGCAUCAGCGAGACCAAAGAAGAGUGCAGGGCGUAGAGUUUUCAAGGAGACGAGGCACCCUGUGUACCGAGGAGUAAGGAGCAGGAACAACAACAAAUGGGUCUGCGAGGUGCGUGUUCCCAAUGACAAGACCACAAGGAUAUGGCUCGGAACACACACGACGCCUGAGAUGGCGGCGCGUGCACACGACGUUGCGGCGCUCGCUCUUCGUGGGAAGUCCGCUUGCCUUAACUUCGCGGACUCCGCGUGGAGGGUUCCGCCGUUGUUGCCAGCAUCAAACAGUGCGAAGGAGCUUAGGAGAGUGGCAAUAGAAGUUGCUCAUGCGUUUGCGGCUGAGGACCGUUGUCAUGAUCAGGUCUGUAGCAGCGGCGACAGCGUAUCGGAAGGUUUGUUUUUGGAAUUCGAUGAAGUUGUGUCUUCGGAGUUUCAGGAGCAGGAUUUGCAAGAUUGGCUUCGGAGCAUGGAGGAUGAGCCUUUGAGAUCACCGGCGCACCCGUUUGAGGGAUCAUCAUACGGUACGGAGAAUUGGACUAUUGAAGAUGUGGAUGUGGAACAUGAGGUUUCCUUGUGGAGUUUUUCCAUCUGAACAAUCUCAUCAUCAUGCCCAUAUAUAUACGCACAAUAUUUAGUUUUAGUUAGGCUUUAGAUUUGCUUGAGACUGUGACAAAUCAGUGUUUCAAUGAUUUUCUGUCACUUGUUUAGCUUGUAUUACUCUCUCAAUAUUUUCUCAAUCUAUACAUUUGGAUUUCUCAA